GCCGUUUGUGCGAGCAAGGAGGCUUGAUGAUUACCCGCGAAGCCCUCGCUAUGAGGCCGAUCGGGGUAGAGGCGACUCCCGCGGCCGAUGGGAGACAGAUCAGGGCCGACGAGAUGGAUAGAGGGACGACAAAUACGAGAGAUCGGACCGAGAUGGAUAUAGGGACGACAGAUACGAGAGGUCGGGUCGAGAUGGCUACAGAGGAAGUAGAUAUGAAAGAGGAGAUCGGGGCUGGGAACGACAAGAUGGGUCGCGCGGACGGUUUGAGCGCGGGGGAGAUGCGAGAGAGCAGCGCGACGAGUCGCGGGGGUGGUACAACCGAGGGGACCGAUGUGAUGAGUCACGAGGACGAUAUGACUCGGGGGACCGCCGAAAUGAUUCGCGAGGGCGGUAUGAGCAAGGAGGGUCUGGAGGAGACCGCCGCAACGAUCCGCGCGGUCGGAAUGAGAGAGGGGGAUAUGGCGUCUCAUCAAAACCAUAUCCCAAACGACAGGGCAUCUACUCCCAGGAACUCAUGGGUCUACUGUAGAGGAGAAGAUCAUGUCAAGAGGGAUUGCCCGGACCUCAAACGGGCAAUAGAUGAGGGACUUGUCGUGCUUGACGACCGCACGUACGUUAAGUGGGCAGAUGAUCUGGGAGAUGUAUCGAUGUUCCUUUCGAUGAAGGAGAAUGUCGAAGCAAGGAGAAUAAAGACGAGUAAAGGAAUGGAGCCGGUCAGGAGCCAGAGCAUCAAGAUAACCUUUGAGGGGGAUAUCGCGACCACACCCAUAAGGGUGGCAGCCACCAAGUCGGCAAGAGGGUCUACAUCAAAGAAGACUGACACGGAUAACGUGAUGGCAGAGAAGGACAGGCAGCGGGUCGAUGGAGAGGAGGUUAUCCUUUCGCCGCGAAAGCGGGGAGUGAAGAAGUUCUUAAUGAAGAGUUCGCUGGAYGAGAUUGACACGGUCGAGCCACUGAGGCGGGCCCUUCGGCAACCCAUGCAGUGCUCUAUUCUGGAGUACCUGGCGGCAUCGAAGCCGGCUCAUGAUGAAUUACAGAUGAUCACGCGGAAGACUCGCAUACCUCUAUCAGAGGCCCCUAAGGCGGAAGCUUCUACAGUAGCAGUAACGGGGGUGACUGCCAGAGCGGAUCGCAUGGCGACAGUCCUUCUCGAUGGAAUGGAAGGUGUGCCUCCAGACAAGUUUUAUAUACUUGGUAGCGGGGCCGUGGAGACAAUUAUAAACGAUGGAGCGGUACUCGAUGAUGUGAUCGAUAACGGCAGUGAGGCUGUCAUCAUAGACGAGGACCUGGCAGUACAGGUUGGACUGGGCCUCGAUAGGUCAUACCUAUUCGAGAUAGAGAAGGGUGAUGGGAGAAAGCAACAGAUCACUGGGGUUUGUCACAAUGCAGCCAUAGAGGUCCAAGGGGUACGAGUGACUCUGCCUGUUUUUUCAGUCAAGAACUGCAGCUCCGACCUGCUCUUGGGUUGAAAUGGCUGAGCCACGUGCAUGCGGUGACGAUAGAGCGACCUUAUGGGAGCCAAACAUUGUCCAUUAGGAAGCCAAACGGGACG